UAUUUGAAAAUGAGAGCAACCCUUUGUUUUUUGCUCUAAUAAACUAACUUGGAAAACAGUUUGUUUUGUUGUCUGUCCUCUGUUUUGCAAAGCUUCUGGGAAUCUCAUUCUGCAGCCAUGGGAAGUGUGGAAAUCGAAGCAACAAACGGUCACACCUCUGCUCCUCACAGAAAUACAGAAAAAUCAGAGAGAGAGAAGAAAAUUGAGGAUUGGCUUCCAAUUACUUCUAAAAGGAAUGGAAAAUGGUGGUAUUCAGCUUUCCACAAUGUCACUGCCAUGGUUGGAGCUGGUGUUCUGGGUCUUCCUUAUGCCAUGUCUGAGCUAGGAUGGGGUCCCGGUGUGGCAAUACUUGUACUCUCAUGGAUCAUCACCUUGUACACAUUAUGGCAAAUGGUUGAGAUGCAUGAAAUGGUUCCAGGGAAAAGGUUUGACAGGUACCAUGAACUGGGUCAGUAUGCAUUCGGCGAAAAGCUUGGCCUCUACAUUGUGGUGCCUCAACAGCUUGUGGUUGAAAUUGGGGUUAACAUUGUGUACAUGGUCACUGGAGGAACAUCAUUGCAGAAGUUCCAUGACACUGUGUGUUCAGACUGCAAAAAGAUCAAAUUAACCUUUUUUAUUAUGAUCUUUGCCUCUGUUCACUUUGUCCUAUCCCAUCUCCCUGAUUUCAACUCCAUUACUGGUGUAUCCUUGGCAGCUGCAGUCAUGUCCUUAAGUUACUCUACAAUUGCUUGGGCAGCUAGUGUAGACAAGGGUGUUCAAGAAAAUGUGCAAUAUGGUUACAAAGCUCAGAGUACUGCAGGGACAGUGUUUAACUUCUUUAAUGCUCUUGGCACUGUGGCUUUUGCCUAUGCUGGGCACAAUGUGGUGUUGGAAAUCCAAGCCACAAUCCCAUCCACACCUGAGAAACCAUCCAAGGUUCCUAUGUGGAGAGGAGUGGUUGUUGCCUACAUAAUUGUGGCUGUAUGUUACUUCCCAGUGGCUCUUAUUGGCUACUGGAUGUUUGGCAAUGAGGUUGAUUCUGACAUCCUCCUCUCUUUGGAGAAACCAGCAUGGCUCAUUGCAAUGGCUAACUUGUUUGUUGUUAUUCAUGUGAUUGGAAGCUAUCAGAUUUAUGCAAUGCCAGUGUUUGACAUGAUUGAGACUGUGAUGGUGAAGAAGUUGAAUUUUGAACCAAGCACAAUACUUCGUUUUGUCGUAAGGAAUGUAUAUGUGGCAUUCACAAUGUUCAUUGCUAUCACCUUUCCAUUUUUCGAUGGACUCCUAGGAUUUUUUGGAGGGUUUGCUUUUGCUCCAACAACAUACUUUCUCCCAUGUAUCAUGUGGCUUGUAAUCCACAAACCAAGGAGAUUUAGCUUGUCUUGGUUCGCUAACUGGAUCUGCAUUUUUCUUGGCCUGUGCUUGAUGAUUUUAUCACCAAUUGGAGGAUUGAGGACAAUUAUAAUCAAAGCCAAGACCUACGAAUUUUACUCUUGAACACUUUCCCCUCUUGACUUGGUCAUGGAAAGGUAUCAGUGGAGCCUAGAUUUUCUACGAGUUUUUAUAUUGUCCCUUUAAUGAUUUUCAAAAUAUACUGAUAUUGGAAUGUAAAAAAAAAGUUCUAAUAUAUUUUAAAGUAUAUAAAAUCAAUGUUUAUUAAUGUA